AUGCUUGACGAACACCAGCGGUUGCCAGAAGAACUUGUAAUGGCAAUAAUCGAGGAAGCCUGGCACUCUCCAAUGUCUGUCCCCGAACGAAUCCAUUCCAUGACCUCCUUUCCUUUGGUAUCAACACUCUGGUUUCGCGUUUACACGCUCAUUUCUUUCAGGGAUAUACACGUUCCGUCACUUCGAUUCCUCGAGCACUACAAAGAACUCGUUCUCAAAGCGAACCAAGACCGGGAUUGGGCAUACAAAAGAUAUGGUUAUCUUCCCAGUGGUAUAUGCAAGUCAAUAGUGGUCGAACCCCAAGCGGAGUCUGGAUUAGUCUUCGAUGCUGUUGCCCGGAUGGUAAAGCACGACCACGAUUGUUUGCAUACACUUGUGCACGUAAAUGACGAGUUUCAUGCCGGCGAUAUUUUUGAUACAUGGACUUACAGGAACGUUCCACCGCAAAUCACUUUCCUAGAAUUACGCUUCAUGGGCAGGGCUAACAUGCAAUCCAACAAAAACCUAUCUACUUUACUGUCGAGAGGACGACACAAUGUAGCGUGGGCGAUACCCAAUUUGCGUUGCUUGACGAUAAUUGGGGGAGAUGAAGAGUUCCUCAGGCAUUUUUUGCCUGCCAUAGUCUACCGCGAUUUAGCCAUGCUUGUGACAGACUUCCCUGUCAAAUUACACGACAUCGAUUUUCGAUUUGGCAACCACAAAAUAUAUACACUUCCCCCUAACCUGAAGCAUCGACAACUAUAA